GGAAAGCCUCACAUUUGAGGCGUAGUCUCAAAUACCUCCCGGCUGAGGAAAGCGAAGCCGGCUCCUGAGGUGGCUGGAGAAUGUCCAGCCUUUGCAAAAUGAGCCAAAUUAAAGCAUUCCUCUCUUUGCUUUGGAACUUGACAAUACUUUGCAUAUUCUGCUUAACUGCCUCGCCGCAGAAACCUGAAAUCAUUUCUUGCAUCUAUUAUUACAGUGACAUUCUUAAUUGUAGCUGGACGUCUGGAAGAGAACUACCCAGUGGUACAAACUGCUGGGUUGUUACCACAGAAAACAAUGGGAAAAGUCAAACAAAUAACGGUACAAUGGAAAAUGGUUCAUGUAUAGCAAAUUACAUUCUAUCUGGGAGUGUUGUUAAACAAGUCAAAGUUGGAGAACUCGUUGGAGAAACAUUCAACUUGCCUUCCCAACGUAUGAUAGACAUAUUAAAACCUAGUCCUCCUGAAAUACUGAAAGUAGAAGGGAUGAAGGAAAUGCUAAGAGUUGACCUGAGAAGAAACCAACAUGAACCAAGUUAUGAUCGUUUUCUAUGCCAGAUUCGCUACGAAGCCACAACCAAAAAUAUUUCUAAAUGCAUCAAUAUCCAGAUUAAAAUAAUUGAAACAACUAAAUCUUUAAAUCUCACGGGCCUGUGGAAUUUUACAAAUUAUACAGUUGCUGUUCGGUGUAAAGGUGAUGGGUUUGGUAAAUGGAGUGAAUGGAGCAACAGAGUAACAAACAGAACGGAAGAACAAGCUCCUUUGAAAAUAGACUUAUGGAGAGUAAUUGAAACUUAUCCUAAUGGAAACAGGAGUGUGCAUCUUUUGUGGAAGGAAUAUAAAGAAUUCCCAUCUUCAGGAAUAAUAACUGGCUGUAAAGUCAAAUACAAUGCAGAACACAUCAACACUACUUUUGAAAAAAAAUACAAUCAUAAUGAGCCUAUCAUUCUCAGCCUGACAAAGGAUGCCUACAAUAUCCGUUUUACUGCUUAUAACAGUGCUGGAUAUUCUCCUGAAGUUACUAUUAGAAUUCCAUCAAAACAUGAAGAAACAAUAGACCAAAAACAAAUUACUCAUCUGAAGGCUUCUGCUUUAGAAGAGAAAGUGCGUUUGACAUGGGAUUCAACGAAUUCAGAAAUAAACGAUUAUAUUAUAGAAUGGCAUGAUGAGUUAGAGAAAGACCCAAACAAGCGAUCUUGGGAUAAGAUAACAAAUACCACAGAAUGGAUUUCCCAAAAAGGAAUCUUUAAACACUUUAAAUGCUAUAAUUUUUCAGUAUAUCCUUUAUAUAAAGAAGAAAUAAAAAAGCCAACUUCCAUCAGUAUCUAUUUCCAUGAAAGUGUCCCAUCUACAGGUCCUCAGGCUGAAACAGAAAAUGCUGGUAAAGAUUAUGCCAUCAUAACGUGGAAAGAAAUUCCAAAAGCAGAAAGAAAUGGUGUGAUUAUUAACUAUACUAUAAUUUAUAAAGAAGGCAACAAAAGUUUGGUAGAAGAAACUGUGGACAGCAGUAUCCUGAAGUACAAACUUAAGUCUUUGCAGCCCAAUACCCAUUACAGAGCUUGGAUUAAGGCAAACACCAUCAUGGGAGGAACAAAGGGAAAUGAAAUUAACUUUUUUACCAAACUACUGAGUACAACAGACAUUAUUCUUGCAACUGUCUUCAUUGGAAUAUUCAUGAUCUGCAUCUUGAGUUUUGGAUUAUUAUGGGCUCUAAAAUAUAAAAUGAUAAAACGAAUUUGCUGGCCUCAGAUUCCACAUCCUGUAAUAGCAAGUUAUCCUGCUGUAUCUCAGAAAAUCAUAUUGGGGAACUCAUCUUCUAAGGAUGACAUCAAUAUUUUGAAAAUGGAUACUUGCAGGGAGAAUGAGUUGCCAUUUCUGAAUCCCGAAAACUUCUUCGAACAAGCAAAUGCUACUGCAAAAAUUACGGUUGCUGGUCAAGAGACUUUUUGUACUGGAGAAUACAGAGCUCUAGAAUGUCUUCUUCCAGUAUCAUCUUUGAACCAUGACUUCAAGAAUCAAACAUUUCUAACUAUGAAAAGCGAUUCUGAAAGUUCUGCAAAUGAUGAAAUGCAAUAUCAGGAAUAUUUUCAGGAGAAAACUGAAUUCAGUUCAUAUUUGAAAAACUCUGUUUGCUCAAGAGAGUUCCUGAAUUGCGAAAAUGUAGAACAAAAUACAAAAGAACCUGAAACCCAACCUGCUUCUUUGGCCUCUUAUAGUGCUGAGGAUCCUUAUGUAGCACCAGAUACAGAUAAAUUACUCUCAAAGUAUUAAUUACAUAAUGAUUUUUU